GUCUUUUGCAGGCCGUACCUGUAUCGUGUGAUAAUUGUCAGUGAUAGCAUAAUUGAAAGAUUUAGAUCAAGGAUGUUUGCCCGAUUCUCCAGCAACAAGUGUAAAACACAAUGCAAGCUGUGCGUGGGUCGCAUCAAGCUGAUGCGCAACAAGAAGCAGAUAAUGGUGAAGAACAUGCGCAAGGAGGUUGCAGAUCUGCUGCGCACAAACAAGCAGGAGAACGCACGCAUCCGUGUGGAGGCUGUCAUUCGGGAGAAUCUGAUGCUUCAGGCCUAUGAAGUGCUGGAGCUGUUCCUCGAGCUGUUGGCAGUGCGAGUGCAGCUGGUCGAAAAGUGCAAGGAUGUCCCUCCUGACAUGAUUGAAGCCCUGUCUUCUCUGGUCUAUGCUGCUCAGCGCGUGCAGGACUUCCAGGAGCUGAUCGUCAUCAGGGCACAGCUUGCUGGCAAAUUUGGGAAAGAGUUUGCGGCAGAGUCAAGCUCAGAUCUCACAUGCCGCAAGUGGCAUGUCAAUGAGAACCUCAUUAGGUGUUUGUCCAUUGAAGCACCGGCGCCAGAGGACAAGCUGGCCACGCUCUCAGACAUCGCCCAGGAGUAUGGCGUCGAGUGGGACGCUCACACUGCCGCCAAGGACAUGCUGCCAUCGGGCCCCCCGCCCCCACCAAACCCCUCUGGCGCAUGGGGAGCUGGCGCCGGUGGGGGGCCACCCCCCGGCGGCUUCCCAUCGCAGGGGCCCUCAGGCGGAGCGCCAAACAGGUUCCCAGAGAUCCCGGUGGGGGCGCCGCGUGUGCUGCCGGGGAGCCUGGCGGCGGGCAAGGCGCUGCCCACGGACGUGCAGGCGCUGGCCAAGGAGGAGUGGGCCGAUGCCAUGGCCGCUGCCCAAGCCGCCGCGGAGCAUGCGCGCCGCGCGCAGGAGGCCAGCAACGCCGCCGAACGCUUCGCCCGCGCCGGCGCUCCUCCCCAGGCCAAUGGUGCCCCUGCUGCGCCCCACAGUGAAGCAUUCCCGAAGCCCGCCCCAGCAGGCACCCUUGAUUCUGCCGUCAACGACCUGAACCUCGGGGCGCCAACUCCUCCUGGCACAGAUGAGGGCGCACCCGAUGCUCAAGGCAGCUACUACAAGCGCAGCGACUCGGCCAUCCAGCGCGCGUACGAUGCGGCCCCAGGACCCCCCUCCAAGCAGGACUACCAGGCGCAAGGACCCCCCUCGGCGCCCCCCGCUCCCCCCACCAGCCUACCCCCCAACCUGCCCUCCCCGCCCGCCAAGGGAUCAACAAGCACUUCAAGUCCUGGCCCACCCCCUGCCGCACCCAAGCCCAGCAACGGCAUCGAUGCAGACCUGCAGAAAAGAUUUGAGGCCCUGAAGCGCAGCUAGCCUUUUCCACUCUAAUGCUACUCUUCAAAUUCAGCUGCACCAGUGCGCAACUGCACCAGUGUUAUCGGCGAAUUAUGAGGGUCGGCACACUUGAAUUUUGCAACGGCUGGAGCGAGAGAAAAGGUUUCAAAUCGUAUGCUUGGGUAUAAAUUGAGCAAAUUAGAGUAAAAGUCCAGGAGAGAAUGCAAUGUAACUUGUACUAGAUCUAGGUCUGUGUUGCAGAGACAAAACCUACAUUUAGGAUGUGCUGAUCAUCUGUGAUACUGUAUGCGUAUUCGAGAUAUUUUGUUUGCUGCACUAUGGGCCCAUGCUCCUUCUUAAAUACCAUGAUACACCAGCGAGAGCCCAAUGUCGCGUUGAAUUGGUGUAAAACAGCAUGCGUAGUC